AUUUCUGCUGCGUAAUAAUUAAGAACAAGUCUGACGUUUUUAUUCACAUUAUUCAAUUCCCAUCUAAUUCUAAUACUUCAUUCACUCUAUCCAAUUUUUUUCAAAAAUGAAAUUUUUCGCCAUCGCCUCGUUAUUAUUCUUCGUCGGUUCCUUUGUUCUCGUCCCGGAAUGUGAAAGCAUCGAAUGGAGCUGGGCGUGGUUUAGAGACAACUUUCUUCCCACCCGGAUGGACUCUGACAAUAAUCGCAACCAGGCAACCACGCCAUAUUAUUUUUACCCCACCACUGCUCGCUACACAGCCCCACCCACUCGACCCACAACCACGACGACGGGGUGGGCUUGGGACUGGAUUCUCCCCUCAAUUCCCCCAACACUCCCUUCCACCACGCGGUCCUAUCAACCCACACAACGCUCAACGGCAGCCUACACGCAUUCCACGACGACACGAAGAGUGACAGCGCCCACGGUGCCACCCACUCCUCAUGGACAAGCCAAUUCUCAGCUGACCUGUUCCUGUGGAGAGGAAACCUCCGAAGUUUGUGCGUCGAAUGGGAUUACGUAUAAAAAUCGAUGUAAAUUCGAUUGUGCACAGCAUCGAGUUUCUCGCCUGCGAAUCGUUCGGAAUGGGUCAUGCGAUUCAGUCAACAGGAAUGAUUACUGGGGAAAUAACGGGAGAAAGUAAAAACGGGUUGUGCAAAAAUAUGUAUAGAUAGAUGUAGUGGUUAAUAGCCUUAAACCGAAGGUGAUACAAUUACGAUACAAUUUAUUAAAAUAGAUAUGUAUGCAUAUCAAAAAAUUAAGUCGUUUAUGUCUUCAACGAUCUGGCUUUACUUCUCUGAGUAGUAAUAACUUGUAAAAAUGUAUAAAAAGUAUAAACAAUAUUUAAUAUCAUCUGAAAAAUUAAUGUUAUGUACAUAUGAAUUUGGAAUUCAAAAAAAUAUGACUAAAUAUUUACAUAUUAAUAUACAAAUGAUGUUUAACUGCAUGUUCUAUUUUCCUAGACUUAUGUACAUAUUGUAUUAAAUUAAAAUGUAUCUGUUAUUAUC